GUCUUAAGGGGAGGAAGACGAUCCAAGCAAUUUGCGUUUCUUCAGCGAAAGAAGAUAUUUGAAGUUAUUGAAAAUGGCGGAGAAUGGUCAGAAGAGCAAAGUUCUUAUCAUCGGCGGCACUGGAUAUAUCGGAAAGUUUGUCGUGGAAGCGAGCGCUAAGGCCGCGCAUCCUACGUUUGUUCUCGUCAGAGAGAGCACCAUUGCCGAUCCUGUAAAAGCAAAACUCUUGGAGAGUUUUAAGAAUUUAGGCGUUAAAUUCAUCACUGGGGAUCUGUAUGAUCAUGAAGGUUUAGUGAAAGCGAUAAAGCAAGUGGAUGUUGUGAUCUCGACUGUUGGACAAAUGCAGUUGGCAGAUCAGAGCAAGAUCGUUGAUGCGAUUAAAGAGGCCGGCAAUGUCAAGAGAUUUUUCCCAUCGGAGUUUGGAGUGGAUGUGGAUCGACUCCACGCAGUUGAGCCAGCAAAAUCUGCACUGGCCGUAAAGGCUAAUAUCAGAAGGGCCAUUGAGAAGGAAGGAAUACCUUACACUUACGUCGUCUCCAACUGUUUUAAUGGCUACUUCCUCCCCACUCUGAUGCAGCCUGGACUCACCUCUCCUCCCACUCACAAGGUCGUCAUUCCCGGCGACGGACACCCAAAAGCAAUAUUUAACUUGGAGGAAGACAUCGGGACUUAUACCAUUAAAGCAGUGGAUGAUCCAAGAACUGAAAACAAAAUAUUGUAUAUCAAGCCUCCCAACAACACCUAUUCUUUCAACGACCUAGUCGCUCUGUGGGAGAAGAAGAUCGGCAAACCCUUGGAAAAGCUCUAUGUUCCCGAACACCAAAUCCUUAAGGACAUUCAAGAGGCUCCACUUCCUUUGAAUGUGAUAUUGGGUCUCAACCACUCAAUAUUUGUGAAAGGAGAUGAGACCAAUUUUGAAAUUGAAGCAUCUUUUGGUGUGGAGGCUUCAAAACUCUACCCUGAUGUCCAAUACACCACUGUCGAUCAGUAUCUCUCUCGAUUUGUUUGAAUCAAAAUAUAAUAUACAAUUGGAUCGAAGAAUUAAAGUGAAUAAUUUCUUGGUGAUCUGCUGAAUGCUCCCCUUUUUUCUUUUGUGUUUUUGGUCUCUCUGCCUCCCUUGUAGUUGUCAUUCUAUGUAUGCAUAUAUACUAUAUGUAUAAUAUGCUCACCAUUCACCAACAGGUGUUUUCUAUGACUAAUAUAAUAUACAGCUUAUUGAUUUCCUUUUCUUUA